UCAUGAUGCAAGCGGCAUUAACUCCUCUCGUGAAGCCUUCAAACAAACAACCCGACUAACCCUGCAUUGAAGAGCUUAGCAAGGGUUACACGAAGCAGUUUAAGAAGUGUAUCUGGCGAGUGGAGGCGGUGCAUUCUGUUAUAUAAGGCUGUGCUUUGUAAAUGACCUCCAUAUAUAAAUGAAUACUUCAUAGUCGCUUUUUGUAACUACAGCAUUAUUAGAUCAUUUGCCUGUUUUGCUUCUUGGUCUUUGAAUGAUUUACAAUCUAAACUUAAGCUGCAGUAACAAAUAACUUCAGUGCAAUUUAAGAGUAGGCUGUCUGCUUGUGCAUGUUUUAAGUAGUUGAGUAGAAUUUGUGUUUUAUUGUGUUGCUGCUGCGUUUCUUGGCUAGGUCGCACUUGUAUAAAAUAUCUUAAUCUCAGUGUGCUUAACUAGUUUAAAUAUUGCCUAGCAUUAUUAAUUAAAAGCCCCGUAGCAGGUGCUUGCAUCAUAUCUCGACCCACGCCGUGCUUCAUAAUUCACAGUCGCAGCCUCCAAAUCCAGUUGAAUGAGUCAGAGCAUUGAUUGUUAAGGUCUGAUUACAGCAGGAAAAAAAUUAGAAAAUACGGCGACACACCUCUUGAGUCUCGGAGCCAGCUGCAGCGCCGGGCUCGCUCGCUUCCUUGAUCUGCAUUCAUGAGACUCGCUUAGAUCCGGGUGAAGGGAGACAGAAAAGGAGCGAGGAGAGGGGGAGUGAAACAGAAACAAAAGAAGAAAAAGAACAAGAGGAAGGAGGAGGAGAAGAAAUACGCUCGGGGAAUUAUAGACUACACAUAAGAGCGAACGCUAGCGAAGGGGGAAAGACUUGCAUCGUAAAGAUGGCCUCCGCUAAUGACUCCCGGCAGUCUCAGAAGGACGCGGCGGAUCAGAACUUCGACUACAUGUUCAAGCUGCUGAUCAUCGGGAACAGCAGCGUGGGCAAGACCAGCUUCCUGUUCCGCUACGCUGACGACUCCUUCACCUCCGCCUUCGUCAGCACGGUGGGCAUCGACUUCAAGGUGAAGACCGUGUACCGCAACGACAAGAGGGUCAAGCUGCAGAUCUGGGACACCGCUGGUCAGGAGAGGUAUCGCACCAUCACGACCGCCUACUACAGAGGAGCCAUGGGAUUCCUGCUGACGUAUGACAUCACCAACCAGGAGUCCUUCAACGCAGUGCAAGACUGGGCGACGCAGAUCAAGACCUAUUCCUGGGACAAUGCGCAGGUCAUUUUAGUCGGUAACAAGUGUGACCUGGAAGAUGACCGGGUCAUCCCAGCAGAGGAAGGCAGGAGGCUGUCUGACGAGCUAGGUUUUGAGUUUUUCGAAGCCAGUGCGAAGGACAACAUCAACGUGAAGCAGGUGUUUGAGAGGCUGGUGGACAUUAUCUGCGAGAAGAUGAACGAGAGUCUGGAUUCGGACCCCACUGUCAUGAGCAAUAAGACCCCCACGCUGAACGAGAGCCCGCCUCCCAGCCAGGGGGGCUGUGCCUGCUAGAGACCCCCUUCAAACAACAAUCUCAUCACUGCACCUGCCAGAGACCCCUCCAAACAACAAUCUCAUCACUGCACCUGCCAGAGACCCCUCCAAACAACAAUCUCAUCACUGCACCUGCUAGAGACCCCUCCAAACAACAAUCUCAUCACUGCACCUGCUAGAGACCCCUCUAAACAACAAUCUCAUCACUGCACCUGCUAGAGACCCCUCUAAACAACAAUCUCAUCAUUGCACCUGCUAGAGACCCCUCCAAACAACAAUCUCAUCACUGCACCUGCCAGAGACCCCUCCAAACAACAAUCUCAUCACUGCACCUGCUAGAGACCCCUCUAAACAACAAUCUCAUCACUGCACCUGCUAGAGACCCCUCCAAGCAACAAUCUCAUCACUGCACCUGCUAGAGACCCCUCCAAACAACAAUCUCAUCACUGCACCUGCUAGAGACCCCUCCAAACAACAAUCUCAUCACUGCACCUGCUCGAGACCCCUCCAAACAACAAUCUCAUCACUGCACCUGCUAGAGACCCCUCUAAACAACAAUCUCAUCACUGCACCUGCUAGAGACCCCUCUAAACAACAAUCUCAUCACUGCACCUGCUAGACUGAGACCCCUCUAAACAACAAUCUCAUCACUGCACCUGCUAGACUGAGACCCCUCCAAACAACAAUCUCAUCACUGCACCUGCUAGAGACCCCUCCAAACAACAAUCUCAUCACUGCACCUGCUAGAAUGAGACCCCUCCAAACAACAAUCUCAUCACUGCACCUGCUAGAGACCCCUCCAAACAACAAUCUCAUCACUGCACCUGCUAGACUGAGACCCCUCUAAACAACAAUCUCAUCACUGCACCUGCUAGACUGAGACCCCUCCAAACAACAAUCUCAUCACUGCACCUGCUAGACUGAGACCCCUCCAAACAACAAUCUCAUCACUGCACCUGCUAGAGACCCCUCCAAACAACAAUCUCAUCACUGCACCUGCUAGAGACCCCUCCAAACAACAAUCUCAUCACUGCACCUGCUAGAGACCCCUCCAAGCAACAAUCUCAUCACUGCACCUGCUCGAGACCCCUCUAAACAACAAUCUCAUCACUGCACCUGCUAGACUGAGACCCCUCCAAACAACAAUCUCAUCACUGCACCUGCUAGAGACCCCUCCAAACAACAAUCUCAUCACUGCACCUGCUAGAGACCCCUCCAAACAACAAUCUCAUCACUGCACCUGCUCGAGACCCCUCCAAACAACAAUCUCAUCACUGCACCUGCUAGAGACCCCUCCAAGCAACAAUCUCAUCACUGCACCUGCUCGAGACCCCUCUAAACAACAAUCUCAUCACUGCACCUGCUAGAGACCCCUCCAAACAACAAUCUCAUCACUGCACCUGCUAGAGACCCCUCUAAACAACAAUCUCAUCACUGCACCUGCUAGAGACCCCUCCAAACAACAAUCUCAUCACUGCACCUGCUCGAGACCCCUCCAAACAACAAUCUCAUCACUGCACCUGCUAGAGACCCCUCUAAACUACUCUCUGCACUUGCAAAACCACCUGACUCUCCCACCCCCCAGGCCAUCGCUCAGCCCCCUUGCAGAGGAGGUUGUGAAACUGAUGCCAUUGCAGCUCUACCACAGAGCCAGCCUCCUGUAAGAAACAGUAGAGCAGCUUGAGCCGUUGCAGUUUCAUUUUCUGUUUGACGCAAUUCCAGAUACUGGGUUAAAAUCUAGUCAAGUGUUUUGUGGGGUUCUAAAGAUUCCUGCUCAAGGUUGGAACCCUAGUAUUGUAAGUCAGGUGCCCAUUGUAAACGCGAGAUCAGCCGUCCGUAUCAUCGCACGCAGUAUUGCUGACGAUUUUCAGAACGUGCUGUGCCAAUGUUUGUAGCAAUGCGAUGAACACAUGUAAGUGCCAUGCUGGUUAGAGCGGGCUUCUAUUGGAGCAGGUUACAGACCUGCUCUACCUUGAAGAUCCUAGUCGUUAACACUGUGGUAUCAAAAACUGCCAAAGCUUGGGUUUUUAUGUCUUCAGCCAAGAAUAUAAUUCAGAUUUCAGCCCCCGCGUCUUGUUAAGAAGACUGAUAGUCAUUGCAGAUCCUCAGUUUGUUAGUCAUUCUCUCUAACAUGUUGUAAGCUGUUGGGUGUUGCACAACACAUAAACUCUUUCUGCCCUCGUACCAUCUGACAGCGAUUUUAAUGUACAGCUCUGGCCAAAGGUUUUGCAUCACCUACAAUUUUAGGAUUGAGAGAUUAAUUAUAUAUAUUAAAAAAAACUAUAUGAACGUAAUUUAGAUCUUUUAUUUAACAUCAUGUAAGAAACUACAAAAUUAUAUCACAACAGUCUAGCGGAAGCCAUAAUAGUAGCACAGUAUUUCAUGUUAGGUUUUGAGAUGUCACAGUUUUCGGUCUGUAAUUCAAUAUGUUAACGUGACAUUAUUCAGCAGCUUUCAUAUUUGGAGGGGGAUCUAAAUAUCUGCACAGGCUGCUGGCAGACUUUUUUCAGUUUGUCAUUUAGAUUACAGUAGAUGGGAGUCCCCCGUGUGGACCUGGAAGAAAAGUUCAGUAUUUUCACACUGCUGCUGAUCCGUCGCAGUGCUACGGUCAGUACCAGGCAGGCAGGCGCUGUGCUAUCGGGAUCACUGUGCUGUGCAGCGCCAUUGUGUUUGCAUUGCUGGUAGUGCUGUGGUCUGUGCAUGGUUCUGCUAGCUGGGGUGUCUUCAGGAGGUUAUAAUGACACACAUUUCUGUACCAUUUCAGCAGGAGAAAUUUGUGUGUCCCCUCCCCUGGGCUCGCUUCUAGCUUGGCUGUGACCAGGGCGAGGCUAUGUGUUGCAGUGUUGUGUCUAUUCAGGCUAUUGCAGGAGCUCUUUUAGAGCAAUAUCGCCACCUGCUGGGCAGCCUUUUUAAUUGCAUGAUUUAAGAUGCCCUUACCUACAGAUUAAGCUUUACAAUACUGCUCAGAGAUUGAAGUGGGACUAGACACAGGAGAAACGUCUUCACACAGAGAGUGGUGAGGGGAUGGGAUGGGUUACCUAGUCAUGUUGCUGAAGGAGACUCUUCUUCACACAGAGAGUGGGGAGGGGAUGGAAUGGGUUACCUAGUCAUGUUGCUGAAGGAGACUCUUCUUCACACAGAGAGUGGGGAGGGGAUGGAAUGGGUUACCUAGUCAUGUUGCUGAAGGACACUCUUCUUCACACAGAGAGUGGUGAGGGGAUGGGAUGGGUUACCUAGUCAUGUUGCUGAAGGAGACUCUUCUUCACACAGAGAGUGGGGAGGGGAUGGAAUGGGUUACCUAGUCAUGUUGCUGAAGGAGACUCUUCUUCACACAGAGAGUGGGGAGGGGAUGGAAUGGGUUACCUAGUCAUGUUGCUGAAGGAGACUCUUCUUCACACAGAGAGUGGGGAGGGGAUGGAAUGGGUUACCUAGUCAUGUUGCUGAAGGACACUCUUCUUCACACAGAGAGUGGUGAGGGGAUGGGAUGGGUUACCUAGUCAUGUUGCUGAAGGAGACUCUUCUUCACACAGAGAGUGGGGAGGGGAUGGAAUGGGUUACCUAGUCAUGUUGCUGAAGGAGACUCUUCUUCACACAGAGAGUGGGGAGGGGAUGGAAUGGGUUACCUAGUCAUGUUGCUGAAGGAGACUCUUCUUCACACAGAGAGUGGGGAGGGGAUGGAAUGGGUUACCUAGUCAUGUUGCUGAAGGAGACUCUUCUUCACACAGAGAGCAGUGAGGGGAUGGGAUGGGUUACCUAGUCAUGUUGCUGAAGGAGACUCUUCUUCACACAGAGAGUGGUGAGGGGAUGGAAUGGGUUACCUAGUCAUGUUGCUGAAGGAGACUCUUCUUCACACAGAGAGUGGGGAGGGGAUGGAAUGGGUUACCUAGUCAUGUUGCUGAAGGAGACUCUUCUUCACACAGAGAGUGGGGAGGGGAUGGAAUGGGUUACCUAGUCAUGUUGCUGAAGGAGACUCUUCUUCACACAGAGAGUGGUGAGGGGAUGGAAUGGGUUACCUAGUCAUGUUGCUGAAGGAGACUCUUCUUCACACAGAGAGUGGGGAGGGGAUGGAAUGGGUUACCUAGUCAUGUUGCUGAAGGACACUCUUCUUCACACAGAGAGUGGUGAGGGGAUGGGAUGGGUUACCUAGUCAUGUUGCUGAAGGAGACUCUUCUUCACACAGAGAGUGGGGAGGGGAUGGAAUGGGUUACCUAGUCAUGUUGCUGAAGGAGACUCUUCUUCACACAGAGAGUGGGGAGGGGAUGGAAUGGGUGACCUAGUCAUGUUGCUGAAGGAGACUCUUCUUCACACAGAGAGUGGGGAGGGGAUGGAAUGGGUUACCUAGUCAUGUUGCUGAAGGAGACUCUUCUUCACACAGAGAGCAGUGAGGGGAUGGGAUGGGUUACCUAGUCAUGUUGCUGAAGGAGACUCUUCUUCACACAGAGAGUGGUGAGGGGAUGGAAUGGGUUACCUAGUCAUGUUGCUGAAGGAGACUCUUCUUCACACAGAGAGUGGGGAGGGGAUGGAAUGGGUGACCUAGUCAUGUUGUUGAUGCUGAAUCACUGGGAUUCUUAAAGGCAGGACCACAUUUUGAAAUCAACCAGCUACUGGGGACCGGACUGGCAUUAAUGUGGGCGAACGGUAAUGAAGAACUCAGAUGGUGAAUAUUAGCAUCGCUGCCUUUGAGCCACCCUUUGCCUUCGUUAAAUCUUAUUCCUUCACAGUGUAAAACGUUUCCAUUGCUUUGCUGCUUUAGUUACGAACACUGACUCUCUGGUUUUAGCUGUUAAGCAAAGACGCCUGUCUGCUCGUUUCUGUUUGAAAGCUGAAUGAUGCAGAUUGUAUGUUCUCGAACACACCGGGUCGCUCGCUGUGUGUGGUUUCUGAGGAGGCAGGGUUUCUAGCUGUGACCCUGAGACUUGCCUUAAAUUGUUUUUCUGUUUUAUUGUGCUUGUUCUUAAAGUUUUUGUUUUCUUUGCACCUGUAUUGUUUGUGAGUCAUUCAUUCAUUCUCAAAAGGACUGCUGACCAAGACUUUCAAAUCCGUUUUCUCACCUAUUUCCUCAGCAACAUUAUUACCCCUUUGUGUGCUGUUCUCGUUGUUUGCACACACACACACACAUAUAUAUAUAUAAUAUACAUUUUUUAUGAAAUGCAACUCAAUCAUUUCUUCCUGGUUCCUCAUCACUUCCCGUGCUGAAGGGACGUCUUGCUCCAGUAGUCUUGCUGCAAUCCGAACAUGGGAAGUGAUCACCUACCAGGAAGCAGUGUCUUCAGUUUUUGGUUGAUGCACAUCCAAGUGCUAAUAAGAGGAAAGAAGAAGGAAACGAAAGCCUUGGUUAGUUUAGUGCUUUUUAUGAGCAAGUAGCUUCAGACGACGAUGUUCCAGUUUGAAGUUUCCCUUGCCUUUUUGUGAUAUUUGCCGUUGCUCGGAUAUAGAGUUUAAUGGGUCUUGUCUGUGUAAAGUGGGCUGGUGCUUUUCCCAGUUUUGAAAGCUGCCAGCAGUGCUGCAGUCAGUCGCACGUCCGCUCCGGGCAGUGGAUUGUUGUGUCUGCCAGGGGAGCCCCUGUUUCACUCCCUUUGCUUUACGCAUGUGCAGUUUUCACUGCGGCUUUAUUCAUGUAAAACCUGAGUGCUUCCCUUUUUAAAUCAUGUUCUUGCAACGCUGUGUUUUAAACAUUGCCAUUCGCUGUUCAGUCCGCAUUGUAGUCCUUGGAUCAGAUAGAGUGAUAACUGAUCUCCUUGUUGUAAUGGAUCGCCCCCUAGUGGCUGAGGAGUUAACAACACUGACAUCCAGCAGCAGACCCCAGCUUGCCUCUCUCCACUACACAGCUCGCUGUUGAGCUUAGUAUUAAGAUGUCUGUUUAAUUCAAUGGGCUGAGAUGCCAAAUCCUUACUAAGUGUAAGAGAUACCGGGUAAGUUUCAGGGGCUUUUCGAAACGGUUAACUUACCCAGAGCUACUCCGAAUAACUGCAAAUAUCAGACCAAGGCAAGAGAAAGGGACUUCUAGAAUCUGGUGCAACCAAAGACUGACCCGAAACCGAUUGUUCAGGUCAAGUGUUCUAAGUGAGCACUCUGUGCGAGGUCACUUCCUGUGCUGUAGGGCACGGGACCUGAUGGCAGCUAUACCAUCGGAGUGAGAUUGACCCGAAGCACAGGAAGUGGUUCUAGGAAGCGGGUCAUAAUGAACGGUUUGGCGCUCUGCUCGGUUCUUGGAGUUUCACUGUGUUCAAAUAAAAUGCCAAAACACUAUUCUGUCUUGUGAUGUAUGUUUUUAUUUAGGUCUUGAAUGUGUUUAAUUUUAUCAGACAGAAAAAAAUUAUAUAUAUUAAAAAAAAAGGUUAAAAAAAAUAAAGAUUGCAUUCAUGAAGCAAAAAAAAA